GGAGUGGAGCCUCGCUGCGCGAUGUGGCGCGUGCUGGUGGCACGCGCGGAGCGGCGCGGCCGCGCCGCCUCGGCGAGGGCCUCGGUGCGCGAUUUUCGCGCGGUGGCCUCGCUGCGCGAGCGGCAAGGCGCCGGGGCUCUCAGCGCGGCGUUGGAGUGGUUGUCGGGUCGGAAUAACGAAGUUAUUGCUUGGCACAAAUCCGCCCGCGCUGUGAACGACCCCGCGGCUGGCCGCGGGGGCGCCCUCGCUCGGCUGGUCGGCCGCGCGCUG